UUAAAAGGCAUAAUACCUCGGGACCUCUUGAACUUGACAUCGUUUAUUCAGUCCUUUCAUCAACUUGAUAGUUUGAUAGCCUUAACCCCUAGAUUCUAAUGUGGCGAAGGGCGUGGAUACAUUUUUCACAGAUGCAGCCACAUAGUAAUAUACAAUGAUGUGUUGUUUCAAUUGUGUAUUUCUUCUUGCUUCUUCUAACGUGGGAUAACAAUCUCGGGAUAAAUCAACAAAGUAACAAGGAUGCUCCUCUGUAAAGGUCCUUUUCUAGAAGUGUUUUAAGAAAGCUAAUGCUAAAAUUUAAAAUAAAAGUUUGUCUAAGUUAAUCUUGUGUAAAACCAAAGAAAUGCCAAUUAUAUCCUAUUUUUUGUACAAUGAACCUAGCAUCUACGAUAAGAGCAUCAAAAUGGAUAUGAGAUGACUUUGGCUAUUUAGUAGGCCCCGGAACCAUUUGGACUCAAAGAACAUAACGUCCUUUUAAAGGGCGCUAUAUCUUAACGGCCGUUUGCCCAGUUAAGUAUAGCGUCCUUUUAAAAGGCGCUAUAUUUGGUAUAACGCCCUUUAUUAAGACGCUACAGUUUUUGACGGUAGGGGUGUCCCACGAGGUCGUGGGGGUCGGCGAGUAGGUGGUCCCCAGCAGGGGGCGUUGAGGCACCUGCUGAGGAUGUUGGAGUUCAUCAGCCCGGUGACCACCAUGAGCCAGACCAUGCUCCUAGUGAUAUGCCGUCAUUCAGCCUUCAGCUUACUCCAGGGACUUCGCAGGUGACCCCGCCAGCUCCAUUGUUGAUCGCGGGCACGGCCAUUACGCAACAGGAGUGGGAUCAGUAUUUUCCUGGUCCUCCAGAGCCAUCGACGGUUGUUGAUGAUAGUCCGACACGAGAUGCGGAUAGUGGGCGCCAACUGAGUUAUGACUCAUCAUCGAGAGAUGCUGAGGAUCUUUCACAGGCGCAGGCAUCAUCCUCGCCCGACACGGAAGCCACUUUGUGCGAUACUGACAUGGCUGAGACGGAUGAUUAUAUUCAGGAGCCCGCCAAGACCAUGGUUACUGCUGGACCGACGACCCCUUCUACCGAGCCUGCCAGCCCUACUGAGGAUCAUGUUGCAGCGCAUCCUCCGAUAAAGAGGCGACGUGAUGAGAAUGAUCCUAAUAGUGUAGCCGAGCGGGAUGGGAUGCGCCUCAAGCCAACGACUGCUUUAAAGCAUACAGGAUGUGAGACACAUUGACUUUUUUUUAUUUUUUUAUUUUAUGUACAUAUGAC